UUGGUAAGCACCGUAAGCAUCCCGGUGGUCGUGGUAUGGCCGGUGGUCAGCACCACCACCGGACCAACUUGGACAAGUACCACCCCGGUUACUUCGGUAAGGUCGGAAUGAGAUACUUCCACAAGACCAACCAGCAGUUCUGGAAGCCCACCAUCAACCUUGACAAGCUGUGGUCUCUCGUCCCCGCCGAGAAGCGCGAAGCCUACCUGACCGGCCAGAAGACCGACACCGCUCCCGUCAUCGAUCUCCUUUCCCUCGGUUACUCCAAGGUUCUCGGCAAGGGCCGUCUCCCCGAGGUCCCCAUCGUUGUCCGCGCUCGUUACUUCAGCCGGGAUGCUGAGCAGAAGAUCAAGGAGGCCGGUGGUGUUGUUGAGUUGGUUGCUUAAAUGUGAAAGUCUUGGGCUAUACUAGGAGGAUAAAAACUGGGACAGGUGAUGCUGCACUGGCUACGGUCCAGUGUAAUAGAGUCGAAUUCUUCCCGGAAAAUGAGGAUUUCACAGUGGGAUCCGCGGAUUGGGCACCUUCGUCCGUGUAUCUACAAAUUAAAGGGUUUUCGUUUGUGAUGAGCAUAGCAUGGCCUCCGGACGCCCUAACGACCUCAUCAUAUUCAUCAAAAUACCAUAAAGGACGAC